AUUAACGGAGGAGCGGCGCGUGCCAACCGCCAGCACUGUCAGCGAUGUUGUCCGAGGAGUAAGGCGCAUUUCCCACGGACUCCGCGCAGCAACGUUCAUAAGAUUUCGCCCAAGGACGUGAAGAAGACAAGGAACUGCUAUGAUUCACUCUUUCGCUGCGGCAAUGAGCAACCCACUCCAAAACACCUCCCUCAACUCCGGAACCUGGAAUUUCGCAGACCCGCGGAACUCAUCGCCGGUGCGGACACCUGAGCAGCGGCCCAUGACCGUGAGUCCCUGGGACAUCGCCCUCUGCGUGACGGGGACCCUCAUCUCGUGCGAGAACGCCAUCGUGAUCGCCGUGCUCUUCUACACGCCCACCCUGCGCGCGCCCAUGUACAUCCUCAUCGGCAGCCUCGCCCUGGCGGACACACUGGCCGGACUCGGGCUCAUCCUCAAUUUCAUCUUCACCUACAUGCUCAACACGGAGUUCGUGACGCUCAUCUCAGUGGGGCUGCUCAUCUCCGCCUUCUCCGCCUCCGUGCUCAACAUCCUGGCCAUCACCGUGGACCGGUACCUGUCCCUGUACAACGCGCUCACCUACCACACGGAGCGCGCCGUGACGUUCACGUACGUCAUCGUGGCGCUCAUCUGGCUCGUGUGCGUGGUGCUCGGCUCGCUUCCCCUCCUGGGGUGGAACUGCCUGCGCGACGAGGCCUCGUGCAGCGUGUGCCGCCCCGUGACCAAGAACAACGCCGUGGCGCUCGCGGUCACCUUCCUGCUCGUCUUCGCGCUCAUGAUGCAGCUCUACUUCCUCAUCUGCAAGAUUGCGCUGCGGCACGCGCAGCAGAUCGCCGUGCAGCACCACUUCGUGAGCAUCUCCACCACCAAGGGCGUCUCGACCCUCUCCGCCAUCCUUUGCACCUUCGCGGUCUGCUGGAUCCCCUUCGCCAUGUACUCCAUCGUGGCGGACUCCAGCUACCCCAUCAUCUACACGUACGCCACGGUGCUCCCAGCCACGUGCAACUCCGUCAUCAACCCCAUCAUCUACGCCUUCAGGAACCCCGACAUCCAGAAGUCGCUGUGGCUCGCGUGUUGUGGGUGCAUCCCCACAAACUUCUCCCUGAGACCCAGAACUUCCAGUGACGUAUAGCUUCCACCCAAGAAAUGGUCAUGUUAUUUAUAUGAUCAUCUUGUGUCAUUUUUAUCGAGUCAGUAUGUGCACGCGUGUCAGCUACACCUUCCUGCGAGUCUGCACGCGACACUCUGUGUAGUCCUGGUGCCCGACAAGCGGUUCUGGUCACGAGGUGUCAGACUCCAGACCCACAGCCCUGUGUACAUCACCAGUAGGUUUCCUUAUCGAAUCCUAUAACCCGAACGUGUGACCUCCUGUAAGUCUAAGGAACCGGUGAUCUUGCACCGUAACACCGACAAGCUCUGGAAGUUUCCGUGGCGGUACAGCGGAGCAGCUCCCCCUGGACCUCAUUGUCUCUGGGAAAAGCAAACUCCUACCAGUCUAAAAAUAGACAAGUAUUUAUUAUGAAAUAGGAAUCCGUUAAAUUAGCUUAGAUCUUCCAGCACCGAACGUGUAGGCUAAUGCGCUAUCGGGAAUAGAAGUGAACGCAGAAAAGAGGAAAUUAAGUGAGGGAUGUUGCUGCAAAACUGUCGGUGUCCUCAGUGUCAUUGUUUCGUGUCAUGAAAACGGUGCUCGAUGCGUGUUUAAUCGGACCUCUUUUAAUCUGGUCAACAAGCCCCGCGUGAGCUGUGUCCUAACAAGCGCACGAUCGUGCCAAGGAAAGCUGAGCUCCUUAUGUUUGGCUCUUCAUUCAACGUCUGGGAAAUACAACAUUGAACAUGCAACUGGAAUUUAUUUCCUUAUAAUAUUUACUGAUGACCCCUGGCACGAUGUGACAAAAAGCAGAGAGCAAAGUAUUUCUAUGAAACAUGCGAAGCACAGUUGAUGGCAGUAGAACUAUUAGAAGACUGAACUUAAGAGCCCCCCCCCCCCAAAAAAAAAAAAAGCGCAAGUGCGCCGCAUCAGCACCACGGAGAGCGCGCGCCCAGGGCAGGCGCGAGGCACCGCUCGCCAGUGGUUAGGCGUAAAUAAUAAAUGAAAAAGGAACACAGUGCUGGCCAGCUCACACAAACAAACACGCGUCUGGGGCGAGAGAUGACAGUUAUGCUUCUCUGGCGAAAUCAAUCCGUCCCAAAAUGCUUCACCGUUUGCGUUUGGUAUUUUGACGGUGCGGCGGGCAGCAACUGUCCCCUAAUUCCCCCUUGAUUCAUAAUGAAAAUGAUAUGAACGUGAUGUCUGGCAAUCACAGGAAAGCAGGGAAGAUCACACGUGGACUGAUUCUAGUGAGAUCCUUAGUGCGAAUCUCAGUAAAAUGAGGGUGAUCUGGAACACACUGAGGAGCGGAGAUUGCUGACCUGUCAGAGGGGUGGGCUUGGGGAGCAGAGGAAGAGUUUUUGACCAAAGCUUCGGAUCAUCAGCAGCUGCAAAGCAAGUUCGGAGAGGAAAGAGCAGUAUGAGGAUGAGGAGGAGACGAAGGUCCUCGGUGCCGAACCAAGCUGUCUUGCUGAGGGAUCAGUAGCCAAGCUUGGGAACAGCACUGAUUGCCUCAUAGACUUGCACCAGAUGUUGGACCAGGCUCUAAAGGAGUUUAAUAAGACGUGAAAGUCAAGUUCUGGCAUGCUUCCCUCCCUCUAGUUUAAAGCAGAAUUUAUCAUUUGUAUUGGCCUUUCCUUAUGCCACUCAGCUGGUAAGUGGCUUAUUCUAAAACACAGACAGCAAUUGUUAUCUAAUGGAGUUUCAACUAAUGUUUAAUACUUAAAAACUGUAAUAGUAUGCUAUCACUUCCCCCUGUCACUGAUAUAAGUUGAAGGAGUCUCCUAAUGCCACAGCUGCUCAAAAUUAGAAGGUAAUGAAGUUACAGUAUGUUAAAUCUUAGGCAUAACAAAGAGGGCAGGGCUAUUCAAAGAAGCCCAGUGUGUUCCCUACUAUGUCUUCAUAUAACCCCAUUGAGCACAGCUGCUAUUUUUUGUCCCCCAGCACCUGAAAAAUUCUUAAGAAAUGGAAGAAAAUUAAUAAAGUAUCUACAUCUUAAUUUUUAUAGGAUAGGGCCACCUCUGUGAAAUUUUUAGGUUCUGUAAAAAUGGGCAAUAUACAAAAUUGCCUAAUGGGAGGUUUGUACUUCUGCUAAUAUAUCCACUGUAUUGUAAUAUAUAUAUGAAUACCUAGUCAUUGUAAUAUUUCUAGGCAGAUAUGCAGAGGUGAUGGCUUAAAAAGACAAAAAAAAAACCUCAACGAGUGUUUGAACUGCUGAUAAUCCAGGCAGCAAUUUGAACGUAGCAUUUUUUUCUGGGAAAAAAAAAACACAUCAACAGCAUAAUUAUAGAAAACAUUACAUCCUUGUAUGAAACAGUCACAGUGGUGGGAGAUGUUAGGAAUUCAAUGCUGUUACCAAAAGAAUAAUAAAAAAAAACUUGACACAACUCCGAGAUAUGGCGCACACAAGCUGAUGUACUAUAUGGGAUGUACAAUUUUUAAUGCUUUAUAAAUAUGGGAGCUUUUCUAAAUUUUCAUUUGGAGAAGGUCUGCAGAAGAUCUUCACCGUGACACGCAGAGUUUUGUACAUAUCGGUUUGGCCUUACUUCUGCGUUCCUGCAAUAACACCUUACUGUGUAUAUAGUGUGUUCAUAAAAAGAUACAGACACAAAGAGACCACAGAAAAUGUUCAGUUCCAUUCUGGAUAGAGCUAAUUAACUUUGGAAAAGAUAAAAAAAAAAUGGCAUGAGCAGCAUUGUUGCAAAGUUGUAAAAACUGUCUGUGAUUGGUCAUGUUAUUCUGUGUAGCCCCAGGUGUGAACAAAUGCCUGGUCUCCUUCAGGUUGUUUCCUCACUCUCUCACUUUCUGAUGGAAGUGUCACUGGGCUGCAUCCCUGCAUCUGCACCAUCAAUGACUAUAAGUGUGUAUGCGUGUGUAUGUGUAUGCAUUGUAUCUGAGUGUGUUGCUCUUUAUCCUUGUGGGGACCUUUCUGCAGAAAAAGUCCUCAGAAGGACAGUAAACCCUGAAAAUGACGUCUUGUGGGCACAUUCUCACAAGGUUAAAUGCCUUAAAAACCACCAAACUUUUCCACGUUUGAAAUGUUUUCGAGCUUCGCCUGGGUCGCGUUAGGAAUUAUGUAUUUCAUUACUGUGAGAGACUGCAAAGUCCCCCAAAACUAUGUGAACGCAGGUGUGUGUGUGUGUGUGUGCGCGCAAAUGCUGUUGAUAUUCCAUGCUCUCAUGCCUGGGGUGCAUUCAGUGACCUUAAACUGUGUUUAUUUUUUUAAACUAAUCUAUUUGUUUGUCCAUGCCUUGCUUUUGCACAUGUAGAAGCGAGUCUACCUGUAGUCAUAACCUCUUCAGAGCAGCAGAUGCAGAAUAUCCCCAGAUGGAUACUAGGUUAAUGUAUUCAUUUCGACCUUCAGUUGUUUCGCUUCUUUUCGCCGAGAGAUUGUUCUGUUAAAAAAAAAACUCAAUGUAUAUUUGAUUUUAUACCUUUUCGAGGUUAGAAGAUUAGGCAUUUUUCGCUGAAGCCCGCCUACUGUGGUUCACCGUACACCAGAAGGGUGUGUGAGAAGGUCAGCCGUUGUCUGCUCUCCGUGUGGUGGUGACAAUCUUCCAAACAUUGCCAACGCACUGUCUGUGAAACGGUGGCUGUGAGUUGGGCAUCCAGAGCACAUCAUUACCACUAAAUAGUUCUUUCCGUCUUCUUUGAGCGUGUAUGCGUGUGAGAGUUUGGGUUCAAGAACAAUGGAGACUCCUGACCUUCAAACCUGUAACGCUGAAACCAGGGAUGCCAGGGCUGGAAUUCAAUCAUCCUCAACCGCUAUCGUCUCCAAAUUCCGCCUUCGGAUGAAGUUACCCUCACAUGCGGUUCCAGAUGAAAAACUGUUGUUAAUUCAGCGAGAGUCCAUCCCCUGAACGGCCACCCUGGUUUAAACAGCACAGAUCGUACCGAAACCCUCCUGGAUCCAUUCGAGGUAACACUUGAAAGUCGACAGACAUCAGCGUUUCGGUGGCAACAUGGAUUGUGAUGUUCGCAGCAAAAUAAUGAUCCUGGGUGCCAUAUUAAUUGUAUGUUCAGGUUGACUAUGGUUCUUUUCCUUAUGCAAUGCUGUGCUGGAACCUAUAUUUUUAUAUUCACAUCCAGAACAUCAGUUCGAAAAUGUGUUUGUUUCUUGUGGGUGUGCAUGAGAAAGACUGUCAAUUGUAUUUUUGAAUUCUUACUGAAUCGUCAAAGUUUUAUUGUAAUUUGUUGGAGAUGCUAAAAG